AGGCUGAUCUUUUAAUAGAAGGCAUUGCCUGGAGCUGUGGCCGUAAAACAAAACAACUAAAAGCUCCUGGCCAUUGACUAUUAACAUGAAGUUAAAAACAGUUCUAAUCUGUCAUCGAGGUACAUGGCUGGUUAUAUUUUAGAAUUUUAAUUUUAAUAACAAAUUAACUUUAAAAUAGUGAAUAAAAAAAAAAGCCUUUUUAAAAUGGGGCGAAGAUCAAUUAAUACCACGAAAAGUGGUAAAUAUAUGAAUCCCACGGAUCAAGCAAGAAAGGAAGCUAGAAAACAAGAAUUAAAGAAAAACAAGAAACAGAGGCAGAUGGUGAGGGCCGCAGUGCUAAAAGGAAAAGACCCCCAACAAAUUCUCGAAGAAAUGGAGAAAAUUGAUCAAAUGGAGUUCAAUGUAAGUCAGCCAUCACCAUUGAAUGAAAAAGUACUUAAGGAUAAACGGAAAAAACUGAGGGAUACUUUAGAUAGAGUACUGAGUAUGUACUACAAAGAUGACCCAGAAAAAUGGUCGGAUUUGAGAAAAAGACAGACAGAAUAUGAGCAAAAAAGAAACAAACUUGUAUCGUUUUAUGAAUCGGUUAAAACAGCUCAGAGUGUUACAGUUGACGAGAUUCCUUUACCCCAAAUACCACAACAGAUUACUGCAAACACUAUACCAUUGCCCACAGCAGAAAGGAAGCCAGAGGUAGCUAUUUAUUCUAUAGCAACUGCUUUAAAAUUACAAGCUCUUGGACAACCUGUGAGGGAACCUCCUGGAUGUCCACCAGGGUUGCCACCUGAAAUAAACGAUGACGGUGAAGUAGUUGAUAUCUCAAGCAAAACAAGAACCGAAGAAGAAAAAACAGCAGAAGAGAGUACAACAGAGGAUAGCGAUAAUGCUCAAGUUAAUAAACCUACUUCCUUACAACAGAAAAUGGUAGCAUUAUCUGGACAGAACGUGGACGAAUUCAUGAAAGAGAUGGAAAAGAAAAUGGAACAACGUAAGGAUGAAGAUAGUACUACCGCCAAGGCACAAGUUAACAUCGAACCUUUAAUGCCACCUGGUACAAACGAGACUGUUCCCACUUUACCUUCAUUACCAUCAAAUCCACCUCCUACAAUGCCUCCACCUUUGCUAUUUACUGGCACAGGCAUAAGAUUACCUCCAGGCCCUCCACCUGGUAGGCCCUUGAUGCCUCCUGGUCCACCUCCAGGUUUACCUCCCAGGUUGCCUUUGGGAAUACCUACGUCAGGACCUAGGCUUAUUAGGAUACCAGCGCCACCUUUAGUCACAGGGCCUCAAACUAUUCAACAACCCAAACCAAAUGUUUUGUCUGCGGCUCCACAAUUAAUCAACAGAAACGAAUCAACUAAACAGGGAGCAACGAUAUCAGCCAAGCCUCAAAUCAGAAAUCUCAGCGCCGACGUUACUAGGUUCGUGCCGUCCGCUCUCAGGGUGAAACGGGAAGAAAGGAAGAAUAAACCUGUGACAAGUUUAGUUAGGGAGUUGAAGCAGAAGGAGAUGAGUCUGAACAACGCCAUAGCGGCGGGCCAGCACACCAAAGACGACGCCUACAAACAGUUCAUGCAAGAAAUGGAGAACCUAAUGUGAAGGGUUCUGUUUCGAGUUUUGUAUAUAAUACGUUUUUUUUUAAUUUUAAUGGUAAGUUCAGUACGAGAAAAGUUUAUUUUAGGUGGUAAUAAUAAAAUAAAAAGUGUAUAUUUAUA